CAUCGCGAAAAAAAAUUAGCGAUGUUUUGUUAAGCUCUGCUUAGCUCUACCGAUUCGAUUCGAUUCUCACUAAUCUCUCACUAACUAACUGUAGGGAAUGUUUGAGGAUAUCAUACGCCGGCAGGAGAAGCACCGAGUGGCCACUCAGCAUACCCAUCAAUUAGUGAAGAAAUAUAUCAGUCUUAAGAAGUAUGGAGAACUCCUGAAUACAGUAGCAGUAGGCAAACCCCGGCGAGGAUCUCCUAUCAACCACAAGCUCUUGCAGUAUAUCCACCGUGAACUCGAACGUCACGUAAAGCCAGAUGAGACAUAUGAGGUAUGGCAUGAUUUGAAUAGUGUCAAUGUCAAUUUGGCUCGACAGAGCCAUCACUCUAAGCUGGACCACUCUCUAAACUCCAUCAUAACAACCAAAGACUUCAAAGACAACAAUGACAACAAUGAUAACAAUGACGACGACUCCACUACAGUCAACGACUUGGCAAGGGACUUGUUGCGCCAAUUCGCUGUGUCUAAAAACAGAGUGAAAACAGACGUGUUGUUGACCAUCAACGGAUGGGAGAUCUUACCUCUCCCUACCCAUAAUGCAGGCCAAAUCCAGAACCAUAUCAACAAUCUUAAGACAUUAUUACAUGUGGCAGUAUUGCGUAAGAACUGGAAUGGAGCAUACAAGCUCUUCUGUACGCUUAUCCGAUUCCCUAUUGUCGAUAUAAAGUCACUCUGGUCCAUCGGUAUUGAAAUCUUGAUGCAACAGCGGAAGCUUAAUGAACUCGAUGGAGUUAACUCCAGUGAUACCUUGUUUAAAGACGAUCGAUUCUUUGACUGGCUCAUCACAUUCUAUCCUUUGAAUCGAUAUGAUGCUUCUCGGUACGAUGGGAAAGGAUCCCUUAGGGUUGGUUCUGCUCCAGUCUGGAGAAUGGGGACUACCACAAAUGCUCCUCUCUAUUUGAUAACGGGACUCUGGAACUUAUUAUUUCAUCACCAAUACCGAAGCCUCAAAAUUAAGCUAGAAGAGUUGAUGUUGGAACCUCCCUAUAAUGAAGAUGGUACUAUCUACUUCCUAAUGAGUCUAUGCUUAAUCUAUGAGGCGAAAGAUUUAACGAGUACUAUUGACGAUGAGCUGAUCUUACGUCAGGAGAUACUCAGGACCAAUGAACAAGUCACGAAGUGUUUGCAAAAGUGUGAUUUCACUAACUUCACGUAUCCGGUGACAAUUAAGGAGCAGAUGAAGGCCCUUGUUCAGCAAGUAGAUGGAUCACAGGAGACAGAGAGCUCAAGUUCAGAACAAGAAGAUGAAGAUGAAGAUGAAGAUGAUGAAGAGGAUGAUAAAGAGGAUGAUGAAGAGGAUGAUGAAGAGGAUGACGAAGAGGAUGACGAAGAUGGAGAUGAAGAGGAUGAAGAAUAUGAAGAAUCGGUAAAGCCCUCGCAGUCACAGGCCGUACUAACGUUUGACUACUCGGACUUAGAGGACCUGGAUGACGAAGUAGCCAGUAAUGACAAUAAUGAUAAUGACCCAAUAGACAAAGAAGUCACUGACAAGUCAGCCAGUCAGACAGGCAUGGACUUGGACUUUGAUUUCGAUUAGAUAUAUGCUCUUAAUAUAUUAAUAUCCCUAUACAAGUUUACGUAGUGCUUGAAGUGUCCCGGCGAACAGUUAGCUUACCCUGAGCUGAUCUUGAGAAACUUACUAUAUACUGUUGAUUCUGUUGAUCCACUGUCUGUAGUGGGAUUAGUGUCCACCCCGGUGGGACUAUGGCCGUCUUAGGAAGUCGAAUGUUGUGUGAGUCAGGUUCAGUCGUGGUGGGCGUAGGAAUAAAAUGUUCACUACUGCUGGUAGUGCCACUGGUGGAUGAGUCUUCAUUUGUGAAGGGCUCAUGGACAUCACCAUUGAACAAGUCGGCUAUUUCGCCUAGUUGAUUACCAAGUAUAUGAUCCUCUGCUACCGGCUGUUGUUGUUGUUGUUGUUGUUGUUGUUGUUGUUGUUGUUGUUGUUGUUGUUGUUGUUCUUGU